CACGCUUUCUCGUGACAACAAGCACCAACGCAAGGGCAUCACCGGCAUGUGCCCUGGUAUGCAUGAUAAGCAAAAAAAUUCUCCUGCGUCUUGUUAACCCAUUUUGGUCGAGGACAGUCUGACUCGGGCACCCGGGAUAGCCUCAACAACAGUUCUCGACCGCCAACGACACGAAGAAGCUAGUCGAUCUCCGGCCCAGUUCAAGCCAAUAUACGUCAACUCUAGAUCAGGCAAUCGUCAUUCGACAAAUCAUUGUUUGAACUUUCCGCCCAUCGCGAAGUCGACGACGGGAAUUGGCUGCCAGCAUACAUGGACACGGUUGCUUGGAGUACAACAGCACUUACAAUCUCAGAUUUUGCUGCUGACUUGUGCACCGGUUUUGACUGCUGUGGUACAAAGUCCAUGAUCAGGCUGAAACGGUAACUGUGUUUCUGGACUCAACACAUCCUUGAGCAACGAUGGCACCGGCAAGGAAACAGAAAGGCCCAAGUACCACGAAAUCCACCCAGAGUUCCCGAGAAGCCGCCAACAUCACACCAAAACGUCCCGACCCCGUGGCUCUUCCGGUAGAAGUGCAACAAAUGAUGCUGGAUGUGUUCCGCCGGGCAUUUCCAUUCAACAACAACCUCGAUGUAAAGACGGUCAUCCAAGAGGUGAAGGGCCACCUCUUCCAGCGGGACUUUACCAGUGCCUUUGCCAAGCAAGAAUAUCUUGGUGCUUAUGCACUGCGGUGGAGCGCCGCUCGAGCACUUGGAUAUAGCGAUAUCCUCCUGCACAGCGACCUGCAGCAAGUGUGGCUCGGCGAAACUGCUGCGUCCGCAACUCCAAACACACAGAAGACGACAAGCGCUAACAGAGUCGCUUGCAUUGGGGGUGGCGGAGGAGCGGAAGUGGCUGCAUGUGCGGUUGCAACACGUUCAUAUUCUCUUCCUCAUCUGGAAGUCCACCCCAUCGACAUCGCAGACUGGUCCAGUUGUCUUAACCAGCUAGAAAACGUCUUAUGCACGCCACCUCCACUUUCACCGUAUGCAAGCGAGAGCGCGAAGGCGUCGAAUAGAUCUCUGAUCGCGAGUGAUCAGUUCACCGUCCGCUUUUCGCAGUGCGAUAUCCUCGCCGUUGGAGAAGCCCGAUUGCAUGACAUGCUCGCCAAUAUGCAUCUAUGCACGAUCAUGUUCACGCUGAACGAACUUUUCACAAGCUCGAUAUCGCGGACGACGGCAUUCUUGCUGGCGCUUACCGAUAGCAUGCAGUCGGGCUCGUGGCUCCUGGUCGUCGACAGUCCUGGGUCUUAUUCCGAGGUCAAGUUAGGUCAAGGCCAGACGAAAAAGUAUCCGAUGAAAUGGCUACUCGAUCACACAUUGCAAGAAGUUGCACAGGGUAAGUGGAAGAAACAUGUCUCUGAUGAUUCACGAUGGUUCAGAUUGAAUCCAUCAUUGAAAUAUCCCUUGGAGCUGGAGAACAUGAGGUAUCAAAUCCAUCUCUACCAGCGGGUAUCAUAGCAGUAGAAAGGUUAUCCUGAUCAAAUCAAACUUUUUGAACUGG